AUCAUAUAUAUGGCCAUGGGUUGUGGUGAAAGUGAGGGUGUGUGGCUAAAGCUAUCCGCAGGAAGGGAAAUGGAUGAAGCAGAGAAGAGCAGCAGAAGAAGAAGAGAAAGAUGGUCUCUUCAUGGGAUGUCUGCUUUGGUCACUGGAGGCACCAAGGGAAUUGGAUAUGCUAUUGUAGAAGAAUUAGCUGGGCUAGGAGCAUCAAUAUAUACUUGUGCUCGCACUGAAGUCGAUCUUAACAAGUGCUUAAAUGAGUGGAAAGGGCAGGGAUUCAGUGUUCAUGGUUCAGUUUGUGAUUUGUCAUCCCGUCCCCAUCGGGAGAAUUUGAUUGAAGCUGUGUCUGCACAUUUUAAUGGGAAGCUGAAUAUCCUUGUGAAUAAUGUUGGUACAAACAUUCCCAAACAAACAGUUGACUAUACAGCUGAGGACUUCUCAUUUUUAGUGUCAACCAACUUAGAAUCUGCUUUCCACAUGUGCCAACUCUCACAUCCCCUUCUCAAAGCAUCAGGAGCAGGGAGCAUUGUCUUCAUCUCUUCUGUUGCUGGGGUGGUUGCUCUCCAAGUUGGUAGCAUAUAUGGAGCUACUAAAGGUGCAAUAAAUCAAUUAACAAAGAACCUCGCUUGCGAGUGGGCAAAGGACAAUAUUCGGACCAACAGUGUGACACCAUGGUUUAUAAGAACCCCACUUGCUGAACUAAUUUUAGGAAACGAGGAGCACUACAAACAGAUAGUUGCUCGAACCCCGUUGAAACGUGUAGGUGAGCCAGAGGAAGUUUCAUCACUAGUUGCAUACCUUUGCUUGCCGGCUGCGUCGUAUAUCACCGGCCAAGUUAUUUCUGUUGAUGGCGGAGUUAGCGUCAAUGGCUGGUAUCCAUGAGAUAGGGAAUUUGAGGUCAUGUACUUAAUCUCUCUCUUGUGAAAAAGCACAGUCUCUCUCCGUCGUAGCUCCUUUAUAAUAAGUGUCCUCUGCAGUGAAUGACGUCUUCUGUGAAAUACUGCACGAUGGAUAAGAGGCAAUAAAAACUUGGGUUUGAUGGAUUUUUGGGGCAUUCAUGCAUUUGUAGAAUUUUGUUACUUAAGGGUGCGUAUAUGUUGUUGAAAUUCUUGUUGUUAUAUAAGGUUAUGAGGGGAA